AGUAGAUCUUGUACACAAUAGGAGAGAGAGAGAGAAAGAAAUAAAAGAGCUUCUUUUGGAAGUUAUCAUGUAUCAGAUUGGUAAAGACCAAAAACAACCAAAAGCAGAGAGAAGGGUUGGUUUCUGGGUUUUUUUUUUCUUAUCUUUUUUCUUUUUGGGUGGUCUCUGAGGAUUUUCUAGGGUUGUGGUAUAAAUCUUCUCCAUAAUCUCAUUACUUUGUCUGAUUGCCUUAUAUUGCAUUUGAUCCCAUGCUCUUCCACUGGAUAAGUUGGAUCCUGUCCUUUUGUCUUCUUUGGCAGUUUCAGGACCAUCAAAACAAAAGACCUUUUGCUUUAUCUUCUUCCAAAAUAUAAAAGCUUUAUAUGAAUAUGUAAUAUUUUUAUAUAUGUAUAUAUAUAUUCACAUUAGAGGGGAAGAAAAGGAUAAAGUGCGUAAAAUUUAGCUAAAUCCAUCUUUUCUCUGAUCUAUCAAGUUUUUAUUUUUUUUUUCCUUUCUUCAAUUGUAUAUCUGGUUUUUUUUUUUUUGGAUUCUGAGAGAUGGGUACCGGGUGGAGAAAAGCUUUUUGCACUACUGUAUCUCGAGACUCCGAAUCCAGAGUCUCUGAAAAGCAACAUCAGAGGAGUUCGAGUCCUAGCCGUAGCGCAAAAAAUUGUACCAGGUUGAGUUUGUUCUCCAGUGGAAGCAAUCCGUCCACGCCUCGUUUGCAAUCCCAAUCGCUCUCAUCAACCCAAAGCUUACGUUGUCGAACAAAUUCUGAAGCUUCUAAUACUAUUGUUAAUGAAAGUCCCAGAGUACUCGAGUGCAGGACAUCUGCAACAACACCCAAGACCUCCAAAAGCCCCAGAACCUUACUGGGAUCUAACCCUACUUCUCCCCGAUCUCCUCUGAAGUUAUCAUUCUUCAAAAAUAGCUUCAAAUUUAGGAGUAGCUGUGGAAUCUGUUUGAAUAGCGUGAAAACUGGUCAAGGCACCGCCAUUUACACGGCGGAGUGCGGACACGCUUUCCAUUUUCCGUGCAUAGCUGACCAGGUAAGAAAUCAUGGCAGUCUCGUUUGCCCGGUCUGCAACUGCGCCUGGAAAGACGUACCUCUCCUCGCCAUUCACAAAAAUAUGAACUCUCAAUCUCCCCAAGAAGACCCAAACGCCAAUCCCAAAACCGAAGAGAUAAAAAAAAUGAUCCAAUCUUCGCCCCGAGCCACCUCCAAACUAAAACCCGAAACGGUGGUGCAACCACCCCAUCAACAGCCAAGCGCGGUGUGGCUAUCCGAGUCUGCAAGGUCCUACGAUGACGAUGAGCCUCUUCUCUCUCCUACUGCCGGUGCAAGGAUAAUUCCUAUACCGGAAGCUGAUGAGGAUGUAAGGGAAUGCGAAAAUAACUACGUCGAAGACGUUGAAGAGUUUCAAGGAUUCUUCGUCAAUCCCAAUCCUUCUUGUUCUACCAAAUACACCGAUGACUCUCAGAGUAAUAAUAAUGGCAGAGAUUCGAAGAACAAUGUACAAGUGAGGCUCUUGCCUGAAGCUGCGGUGGUUUCGGUGGGAAGCAGCCACCAGACCUACGUGGUAGCACUGAGAGUUAAGGCUCCACCGGCGACGGCGACGCGUAGUGGUACGAAGGCGCCGCUUUUGGGCCGUGCGAACCGAGCGCCAGUCGACUUAGUGGCGGUCCUCGACGCGAGCGGGAGCAUGACCGGAACAAAGUUGCAGAUGCUGAAGCGUGCCAUGAGAUUAGUCAUCUCUUCACUCGGCUCGGCUGACCGACUCUCUAUCGUGGCUUUCUCGACUGUCUCAAAAAGAUUACUGCCCUUGAGUAGGAUGACGGCUCGGGGUCAGCUGGCGGCUCGGCGUAUCGUUGACCGACUUGUUUGUGGUGAAGGCACUAGCGUCGGUGAAGCCCUAAGGAAGGCCACAAAGGUACUCGAAGACCGCCGGGAGCGAAACCCAGUCGCUAGCAUCGUACUCCUAUCAAACGGUGAGGAAGACGGUGGGGUCCACCAAAACUCGAAGAAUCAACGACAACCAUCCGGCCACAUGUCUUCGACAAGGUUCGCCCACAUUGAGAUUCCCGUCCACGCGUUCGCAUUCGGGAAGAACCGCGGCUACAACAACCACGAGCCGGCUGAGGACGCUUUCGCCAAAUGCGUUGGGGGUUUACUCAGCGUGGUUAUACAAGAUCUCAGAAUACAGCUUAGCAUCCCUGCUUCGGCUCUUGCGGCAGCUGAAAUCGCCGCCAUCUAUUCCUGUGGCGGAAGGCCAACGGUUUUUGGCUCGGGAUCCGUGCGGCUCGGCGAUUUGUACGCCGAAGAAGAGAAAGAACUGUUAGUUGAACUGAGGGUCCCAACUUCGGUGACGGCGGUAACGGUGCGGGUUGGGACCCACCACGUGAUGUCCGUUAGGUGUCUAUAUAAAGACCCAGCGACUCAAGAGGUUGUAUACGGCCGAGAGCAGGCGCUACUAGUUCCCUCACCUCUGCCCGUUCGAUCCUCUGGGCCCAAGAUCGAACGGCUUAGAAACAUGUUCAUCUCGACUCGCGCCAUAGCCGAGUCAAAGAGAUUGGUGGACCACGGUGACUUUACCAGCGCGCAUCACCUGCUGGCUUCCGCUCGGGCGCUACUCUUGCAGUCCAUCUUGGUAUCAGCUGAGGACUACGUUCGCAGUUUGGAAGCCGAAUUAGCUGAGCUUCAUUGGAGGAGGCAGCACCAGCUUGAGAUGGCUGCUGCUGGAUCGACGGUCCAACGGAGGAGAUGUAACGAGAAGGAGUUGGCGACAGUCGUUGAUGAGAAUGGGGACCCACUGACGCCAACUUCAGCUUGGAGAGCCGCUGAGAAGCUGGCUAAGGUGGCUCAGAUGAAGAAGUCAUUGAAUAGAGUCAGUGACUUGCACGGCUUUGAAAAUGCUAGAUUUUAAAUUUAAUUGCUUUUUAUUUAAUUUUCCGAUUUUUAGGUAAUUAAUAAAAUGUUUAUCAUUUUCACA